UCACUUCUGUUUUUUCUCUGUGGGAGGAAUGACACAUCAACACAAAGAAGAGUCUUUAAAGUAACUCACAGGUGAUGCCCAAACCCACACAGCCUAAAGUUCCUCGCGGGAGCUUUAAAGUAAACAAUCGACCAUGAGUAAAUCUAAACAGGAAGUUGAGGGGGUCCCGUCCUCCAACAACACUCAGAGUGAGGAAGAUGAGAUACAGACUUCUCAUGAGAGGUCUAAAGUUAAAGGAAAAUAUUCUCCUGCACCAAGCGGUGUGUCCAUGAAGAGUGACCAGUCCAUGGGUCAUCCUCUUGUCUUUAAAAGGGAUGAGCAGGAAAGUAAGGAAUCUCCUGCACCAAGCGGUGUGUCCAUGAAGAGUGACCAGUCCAUGGGUCAUCCUCUUGUCUUUAAAAGGGAUGAGCAGGAAAGUAAGGAAUCUCCUGCACCAAGCGGUGUGUCCAUGAAGAGUGACCAGUCCAUGGGUCAUCCUCUUGUUUUCAAAGGUCAAGAUCCAACUUCAAAAGUUCACGAGGAGCCAUCAGAGGAUUUCAGUGGAAGUGAAACUGACCUGGGCUCCAUUUUCAAGGUUCUGGAGAAAAACAUUGUUGCUUUUGUGAAGGAUGAGCUUAAGAAGUUUGAAAAGGUUCUGAGCGCAGAUUACCCAGAAUGCUCAGGGGGUCAAAACAGAGAAGAGGAGAUGACUGAUGAGCAGAGCUGGACCAGCAGAGAGGCAUUUCUGAAGGUCACACAGGAGUUCAUGAGGAGAAUGAAGCUGGAGGACUUGGCCAUCCUUCUGCAGAACAGAACUCUUGCUCCAGUUUGCCAUUGUAAACUUAAAUCCAGCCUGAAACAGAAGUUUAAAAACUUCUUUGAUGGUAUUCCUGAAGCAGGUUACCCAACCCUUCUGAAUCAGAUGUACACAGAGCUCCACAUCACUGAAGGAGGGACGUCAGAGGUCAAUUAUGAACAUGAAAUCAGACAGAUUGAAACAGCAUCCAGGAAACAAGACAGACCGGAGACAACGAUUCAAUGCAAAGACAUCUUUAAGGUCUUUUCUAGACCAGAUAAACGGAUCAGAAUCGUGUUGACAGAAGGUGUAGCUGGCAUUGGGAAAACAGUCUUAACACAGAAAUAUACUCUGGACUGGGCUGAAGGCAAAGCAAACCAAGAGAUGCAGUUCACCUUUCCAUUCACUUUUAGAGAGCUGAAUGUGCUGAAGGUGAAGCAGUUCAGUCUGGUGGAACUUGUUCAACACUUCUUCCUUGAUGUCAAAGAAUCAGGAAUCUGCAGGUUUCAAGAGUUCCAGGUUUUGUUCAUCUUUGACGGUCUGGAUGAGUGCCGACUUCCUCUGGACUUCCAAAACAACGAAAUCCUGACUGAUGUCAAAGCGCCCGCCUCGGUUGACGUGCUGCUGACUAACCUCAUCAGGGGGAAACUGCUUCCCUCUGCACACAUCUGGAUAACAACACGACCUGCAGCAGCCAAUCAGAUCCCCCGUAAGUGCAUUGACAUAGUGACAGAGGUCAGAGGAUUCACAGACGAACAAAAGGACGAGUAUUUCCAAAAGAGAUUCAGGGAUGAGGAGCAGGCCAGCACAAUCAUCGCUCACGUCAAGACGUCACCGGGCCUCCACAUCAUGUGCCACAUCCCCGUCUUCUGCUGGAUCACUGCUACAGUUCUGGAGGAUGUGUUGAUAACUAGAGAGGGUCCAACUCUCCCCAAUACUUUCACUGAGUUGUUCAGCUACUUCCUGGUGGUGCAGUCCAAAAUGACUAGAAUCAAGUAUGGAGGGGCUGAGGGAGAUCCCAACUGGAGUCCCAAGAGUAAGGAGAUGAUUCUUUCUCUGGGAAAACUGGCUUUUGAGCAGCUGCAGGAAGGCAACUUGAUCUUUGAAGAAUCAGACUUGAUGGAGUGUGGCAUCGACAUCAGAGCAGCCUCUGUGUACUCAGGAGUUUUCACACAGAUCUUUAAAGAGGAGAGAGGACUGUACCAGAAUAGAGUAUUCUGCUUUGUCCAUCUGAGUGUUCAAGAGUUCCUGGCUGCUCUUUAUGUCCAUCUGACAUUCUUCAAAUCUGGUGUCAAUCUGUUGUCAGAAGAAAAAACAUCGCUGUGGUCUAAAUUGGUGGGUGUCAGUCCUGAAACCUUUUACAAGAGUGCUGUGGACAAGGCCAUCGAGAGUCCAAAUGGACACCUGGAUUUGUUCCUUCGCUUCCUUCUAGGUCUUUCUGUGCAAACUAAUCAGUCUAUCCUUAAAGGCCUAGUGACGGAGACAAGGAACAGUUCACAAAUCAAUCAGCAAACAGCCCAGUACAUCAAGAAGAGGAUGAAUGAAAGUAUUUCCCUGGAGAGAAGCAUGAAUCUGCUUCACUGUCUGAAGGAAGUGAAGGACUCUUCUCUGGUGGAGGAGAUCCAACACUCUUUGAGUUCAGGAAGUCUCUCAGCGGAUAAACUGUCUCCUGCUCAGUGGUCAGCUCUCGUCUUCAUUUUACUGUCAUCAGAAGAAAAUCUGGACGAGUUUGACCUGACGAAAUAUUCUGCUUCAGAGGAAGCUCUUCUGAGGCUGCUGCCAGUUGUGAAAGCCUCCACUAAAGCUCUGCUGAGUGGAUGCAGUCUCUCAGAGAGAAGCUGUGAAGCUUUGUCUUCAAUACUCAGCUCCCCUUCCUCUAAUCUGAGAGAACUAGACAUGAGUAACAACGACCUGCGAGAUUCAGGGCUAAAGUCGCUCUGCGCUGGGCUCGAGAGUCCGCACUGUACACUGGAGGUUCUCAGACUGUCCGGCUGCCUGAUCACAAAGAAAGGCUGUGCUUCUCUGGUCUCUGCUCUGUGGUCCAGUUCCUCCAAUCUGAAAGAGCUGGACCUGAGCUACAAUAAUCCAGGAAAUUCAGGAAUGAAGCUGCUUUCUGGCCUGCAGAAACUACAAACUCUAAGGGCGGACCAUGAAGGCUCGCAGUCAAUGAAACCUGGUCUUAGAAAGUACUCUUGUGAACUCACACUGGACCUAAACACAGCAAGCAGAAAUGUCAUAGUGUCAGAAAACAACAGGAAGCUGUCAGUGGUCAGAGAGAAGCAGCCAUAUCCUGAAGAUCCGCAGAGAUUUUCAUACUGGAAGCAGAUGCUUUGUAAAAACCGUCUGACUGGUCGCUGGUACUGGGAGGUGGAGUGGACGGGAAACGUCUAUAUCGCAGUGACGUACGAAGGCAUCAAAAGGAAGGGGGAGGGAGACGACAGCUGUUUGGGAAGGAAUGAUCAGUCCUGGAGUCUGAGCUGCUCAGAUGACGGUUACUCCGUGCUGAUCAGAAACUCAAAAAAACCCAUUCCCGUCCCCGUCUCAAACAGAGUGGGGGUGUACCUCGACUGGCCAGCUGGUACUCUGUCCUUCUACAAAAUCUCCUCUGAUGAAAUGACCCACCUCUACACCAUUAAGACCACCUUCAGGGAGCCGGUCUAUCCUGCUUUCAGGAUCAAGAUGGACCCGUUUAAAUCAACAGUGUCUUUGUGUCAAAUAUAGACAUUGGGCCCAAUCUUAAACCGGCCAUGUGCCCAGAUUGAGUAAGCGACAAAUGGACUUAUUUGCCAUAUCUGAGCCCAUUGGUGUGUUUGUCUUUAAAUUAGGUUUUUAAAGGAGCAUUAUUGUCAAAUCACUAUUUAGAAGCAGCAGGAAGGGAUUGAUGGUUCUAAAAUAGUGCAAUCGUGGCACAAUUUUUCCUGCUUUUUAAAUAUUUGUUUUGCCUUUAUUUAGACAGAUAGACAAAGUAGGGAUGUUGGGAAUGACAAGCAGGAAUGGGGGCCACAGGUCAGACUUAAAACUGGGCCGUCAACUUGGAGGACUAUAUGUACCGUACAUAAGGGCACGACCUUAUCACCUGGCCAUCAUGCGCCUGAUUUCCUGCUUUCUAAAAGAGACAUUUUUUCAGACAGGAAGUUGAAUAAACAAAUGCGGCAUCAGGGUAGGGAUCCCCAAAAGUUAAAGAUGACUACUCAUUGAUUUUAAAACGUCUUAAUCACAGACAUUAAUUGAACUUUAACACUUUAAGUUUAAGAUUUUGAACGCUUUAAAAAUAGAGCAAAAAAUACAAAGAAAUAAGUGAAAAAUUACAAAUGUAUAAAAAAAAAAAAAAAAAGAUAAAAUAAGAAAAGAAAAUUAACUGUUUUUGAGGUAGUGGUGAUGAACUCUUGUGGCCAAAAUAUAAAAACAAACACUUUGAAACAUUCACUAUUCGACAACCUCAUGUUGUUAACAAAA